CACCACAUCACGUAAGGAGACAAAGGCUCUAAACGAAGAAUUCUGCUUGGUAAAAAUUGAAGAAAUGAAACUCCAGCUUGUGAUAUUCAGCUUGACAUCAUCAUUUCGUCCGUUCCAUCAUCAUCGUAUAUAACAAGAACUACAGUACAGCAAUCAUACAAAGGAUGGUCUCCGCGACGUUUCUGCUCUACGUCGUUCGAGAAAGUGAGGCUUUGUACGAGAUAGACCUCUCAGGUCCUGGCAAACGUGAAGACUCACCACAUUUGGCGCAAUUCAUCGUAUUAGCUGCCUUAGAUUAAGGCUUAUUCUAGUCCAUCUCCAGAAGCUUCCAUCCUGCAGAGACUGACAGAGUUCUCGAGGGAAAAAGGGGCCACCAGGAUCGAUACUUCUUAAAAAGACGGAUUAGGGUAUUUGAGCGCUAAUUAGACGAGCUCCAAUUACGAUUGAAGAAAAACACUGGUGGUGCUGUGGCUGGUCCCGGCGAAGUAGGGUUCUUGAAAACGAUAGACCAAUUUAACGACUUCGCUGUGUCAGCGUAUACGACGGCUGCCGGACUCCACUUUCUUUUGUUGCAUAAACUGACGAACAACAGCAACAAUUCGUUGCUCAAAUCUUCAACGACGUCGUCCGCGCCUCCGUCGCCUUACUUAAGACAUCAGAAAUUGGAUAGGAUCUUCAUGAAUCUUAAGUGACUUUAACUCUUUGUUUCCUUCCUCUCCUCACAGCAUGACUCGCUGCUCCUAAGCCUAACAUGGUGAGUUCUACUGCAGAAAGUAAGUAGUUGCCCCCUCUCUUCCAGAGGGACCCGGUACAGGUCUGACUCACCAUCCUCUCACGUAGGGUAAAUAGUCCCGAGGCCGUUUUCAUAGACACGCUGUUCGUUAGACUAUCUUGUCUUGCUGGCAGUGGAGUAGUACUGUCUAAGACGCAAAUGAAUGAAAAUCGGUUUUUCCCUCGUCUCUACCUUCAUCUCCACAAGUAGACAGAAAGGCUUCAUUUCCCUCGUCUCUACCUUCAUCUCCACAAGUAAGUAGUUUCACCUUAAAUCGAUUUUUCCCUCGUCUCUACCUUCAUCUCCACAAGUAGCAGUCAUUCUCUUUCUCUCUCGUUUCCCUACUCUCUACUUAGAAAUCUACCUCACUCCCUAAACCCUAAACCCUACUCUCUACUUAUAGUAACACUCCCUCAUUUAUUGAUCUAACUCCUGGUCCCUUUUUCCAAGAGGUACACGAGGUUUUCGCGAGCACGGUUUUGGUGAACCCUUUCUAUCACCCGUUCCAGCACGUGCAGGGUGGCUUGAAAACGUUGCUAGAUGUGAGAUUGCAAGCAGUAGGGAAAAAACAUUUGAUCUAGUGAAGAUUUGCUUUUCCGCACCGAGUGGACCCUUCUAGGACGUCGCCAUUCUUGCGCCGCUGGCAGUGACACUGCAGUGUUCACAACACUAGUAGAUACUCAAGUACAUUGGGCUGUUGCUCUGUUUAUCUUCGAAAAGAGCUUCUUCCGAGAAGUGUAUUGACCGCAAUUGAG